AUGAGUGUCGUUGGUAAGUCGUGCGCCUGCGACCCUUUGACCGCCUCUGGCGGUGUUGAUUUCGGAACCCUCAAGACGGUCAUUGCCGUCGCCAGGAAUCGCGGUGUCGAUGUGAUCACCAACGAGGUUUCCAACCGUGCCACACCUUCUGUGGUCGGUUUCGGUCCCAAGUCGCGAUACCUUGGCGAGUCUGCUAAGACGCAAGAAAUCUCCAACCUCAAGAACACUGUCGGCUGCCUCAAGCGCCUUGCCGGCCGCACCUUUAACGACCCUGAUACCCAGAUUGAGCAGCAAUACAUCACCGCUCCCCUCGUCGACGUCAAUGGCCAAGUCGGUGCCGAGGUCUCCUACUUGGGCAAGAAGGAGAAGUUCACCAACACCCAGCUCAUUGCCAUGUACUUGAGCAAGAUCAAGCAGACCACUACCGCCGAGCUCAAGCUCCCCGUCUCUGACUUGGUCAUGAGCGUCCCCGCUUGGUUCACCGACAUUCAGCGCCGCGCCCUUAUCGAUGCCGCCGAGAUCGCUGGCCUGAAGCUCCUCCGCCUCAUGAACGACACCACAGCUGCCGCUCUGGGCUGGGGUAUCACCAAGCUCGACCUCCCUGCCCCUGAGGAGAAGCCUCGUCGCGUUGCCUUCAUUGACAUCGGCCACAGCAACUACACUGCCUCCGUUGUCGAGUUCAAGAAGGGCGAGCUGGCCGUCAAGGGUACUGCUUUCGACCGUCACUUUGGUGGCCGUGACUUCGACAAGGCCCUUGUUGACCACCUGGGCAAGGAGUUUAAGGGCAAGUACAAGAUCGACAUUCACACCAACGGCCGCGCCAUGGCCCGUACCAUCGCCGCUGCCGAGAAGUGCAAGAAGAUUCUGUCUGCCAACCAGCAGGCCCCCGUCAACAUCGAGUCUAUCAUGAACGACAUUGACGUGUCCGCCAUGAUCACCCGUCAGGAAUUUGAGGCCAUGGUCGAGCCUCUUUUGGCCCGCGUCCACGUUCCUCUCGAGCAGGCCCUCGCUGACGCCAAGCUGACCAAGGACGACAUCGACGUCGUCGAGAUCAUUGGUGGUGGUAGCCGUAUUCCCUCCCUCAAGGAGAGAAUCCAGGACUACUUCGGCAAGCCUCUGUCUUACACUUUGAACCAGGACGAGGCCGUCGCCCGUGGUGCUGCUUUCAGUUGCGCUAUCUUGUCACCCGUCUUCAGGGUUCGCGACUUCACCGUCCAGGACAUCAUGAGCUACCCGAUCGAGUUUGGCUGGGAGAAGGCUCCCGACAUUCCCGAUGAGGACACCAGCUUGACUGUCUUCAACCGCGGCAACGUCUUGCCCUCUACCAAGAUUCUCACCUUCUACCGCAAGCAGCCUUUCGACCUUGAGGCUCGCUACGCCAACCCGGCAGAGCUUCCUGGCAAGAUCAACCCCUGGAUCGGUCGUUUCUCCGUCAAGGGCGUUAAGGCGGAUGGCAAGGAUGACUUCAUGAUCUGCAAGCUGAAGGCUCGUGUUAACAUUCAUGGUGUCUUGAACGUGGAAAGCGGCUACUUUGUCGAGGACCAGGAGGUCGAGGAGGAGAUCAAGGAGGAGGAUGGCGACAAGAAGGACCCUGAUGCUAUGGAGACUGACAACAAGGAUGAUGCCCCUAAGAAGACCCGUAAGGUCAAGAAGCAGGUCCGCAAGGGCGAUUUGCCCAUUGUCAGCGGAACGGCAUCACUCUCCGAUUCUGCAAGGACUGCUCUCUUCGAGAAGGAGUCUGCCAUGGUCAUGGAGGACAAGCUCGUUGCCGACACGGAGGAGAAGAAGAACGAGCUGGAGGCAUACAUUUACGACCUCCGCAACAAGCUCGAUGACCAGUACGCCGAGUUCGCCAGUGAUGAGGAGAAGGCUAAGAUUCGCGAAAAGCUCGAGCAGAGCGAGGACUGGCUUUACGAUGAGGGCGAUGAUACUACCAAGGCCGUCUAUGUUGCCAAGAUGGACGAAAUCCGCUCUAUGGCCGGACCUAUCGUUCAGCGCCACUUCGAGAAGGUCGAGGAGGAGCGCCGGAUCGUCCAGGAGAGAGUAGAUGCUGAGAAAGCCGCGAAGCGAGCCGCUGAGGAAGAGGCUCGCAAGGCUGCUGAGGCCGAGAAGGCUUCCGAGGCUCCCAAGGACGAGGAGAUGACGGACGCCAAGCCAGAGGUUGAAGAGGCCGGCGAGGGCACGAAAUAG